GGGCGUGCGGCUCUCGCGAGACAGGACGGGGUCGGAGUGGGGCUGGGCGUGGCGCGGGUCAUGGCGGAGGCUUCGCCCAGCAGCGGACCUCGGCGGGUUCGCAGCGGCAGUGAGGGAGCGGUGCCGGCCGGAGCCCCGCAGCUGGAGGAGGUGGAGAUGCAGAUCGGCGAUGCCGCCUUCUCGCUGAGCCGCGUCCUGCAGGCAACAAGCGCCGUGUCAGCACAGGUGGAGGCGCUGGCGGCUCGCUGCUCGGAGAACGCGCGCUGCCUGCGGACGUGGCGGGACCUGCUGAAGGAGGGCUACGACUCCCUCAAGCCCAAGGCUCAGGUGAUCUCAGGUUCGUGCUGAAGUAGCGCACGGAGUUACCCUGCUCCCUGUGUUUUGCGGCCCUUUGAAGACUCCUCCUUGCUGGAUGUCUUCGUGAGAACUUCCACAGCCUCCAGCCUUCCUGUGCCCGUGCCCUUUCAUUAUGGAAAGGAUGGAAUUGUGUGGCAGGUCGUGGCUUGUUCACAAGCUUUAGGUAACCCCCCUGUCCCAGAUGUGAUUUUUUUAUUGUGAUAUAUUUCUAUGAGGUUGCAUUUUUGUUUUUACAAGAAGUUUUAUUACUGUCAUCAAUUUUACACUAUUUCCUGUUGUAAUAAAGUGCCUUAUGAUGGUCCACGCAGCUCAGCAGUGUUUACUGUUAGGAUGAAUUGUUCUGAAGCACAAGGAAAAGCUUCCAUCAGUUAGGACAGAACAUGUGAAAUGGACUCUCCCAUCUCGGGAAAGAACUUUUUUUCUACUUGAUGCUGUUUUAUGUCUUGCCUUAAGCAGUUACUAGUUAAUUAGUUUGAUGCUAACUCUUACAGGGCCUUUGGGUCCUUAAGAUCAGCUUUAUAUAUAUAUAAUAUCUGUAAUAAAUAUCUGUACUGAAACUCUUGUGCCUUUACCACAGCUGUAAAUGCUAAAAUACAACGGGAAGCUGCAGGAGAAUGUAGCUCUACCCUGGAUCAGCCAAAUUUUCCCUGGUAAGGCUAUUUUAAAGAGAAGCUGUAGUUUUGUUAUCA